UUAUCUAUCCUUUUCUCUUGAUGGCUAGGUCAACUAAAAUAAAAGAAAAUCGAAUAGAUUGCAAAUCAUUCUUUCAAAAAUCUCUAAAAAAAGACGGAGAAAUAUGGUACCUGAUAUCAACUGAAUGGUUAGCAAAACUGUACAGUUUUUUAGAUGAAAAUAAAAAUUUAUUUGAACAAGUUCUUGGCCCAAUUGAUAAUUCAUCCCUAUUAACAGAUGAUACCAAUCAUAUACUGAAACCAGGUUUGAUUGAAGAUGUAGAUUUUAAAAUUAUUAAUCAAGAAGAUUGGGAAAAAAUGAGAGAUCACUUUGGAAUAUUAAAUGACUCACAUGCUAUCAGUAGAGAAGUUGUUGACUUAAACAAACAUAAAGGAAUAGAAUCAAAGCAUAAUCUUUUUCUAGACAUAUAUCCAUUAAAACUAAAAAUGUUUAAAUUUCCUAAUAUUGAUAUACUUGCUACCAAUUCAUAUAAUAAAAAUGAUUUGAUAAGUAAAAUGGAACAAGAUCUAAAAACUUUUUUUGAGUUACCAAAUGAAACAGAAGUUAGGUUAUGGAUGUCAAAUAAAUGUAAUGUCAUAAAAACCUAUAUACCUUUACCUAAUAUAAAGCAAACUAUGUAUGAUGCUGGAAUUACAUCAGAUCAUUAUAUAAUUAUGGAAACUUACCGUAAAGGAGCAGAGGUAUGGCCUCUAACUGUAAAACAUCCAUUAAACGAGGAAUGUACUUAUCAAUUUAAAGCAUAUUCUGAUAAAGAACAUCAGCAAAAUCUGCCUAGAUUUCCAAAAAUUAUACCUGGAUUAUCAGGCCUUGUCAAUUUAGGAAAUACGUGUUUUAUGAAUUCUGCUCUUCAGUGUUUAAGCAAUGUACCACCCCUUACCGAGUAUUUCGUUAGUAAAAAGUUUUUGCAAGACAUCAACGCUAACAAUCCUCUAGGAAUGAAGGGCCAGAUUGCUAAAGCGUAUGCAAAACUCAUGGAAAGUAUAUGGACUAACAAACACAUUUCCUUUUCCCUCAGGACUUUUAAAGACAUAGUCGGAGAGUUUGCGCCCACAUUUUCUGGUUUCCAGCAGCAUGAUUCUCAAGAAUUACUCAUAUUUUUAUUGGACGGUUUGCAUGAGGAUUUAAACAGAAUCAAGAAAAAACCUUACAUAGAUUUAAAGGAGGCUGAAGGGAGAAAAGAUGAAGAUGUCGCUAGGGAGGCGUGGAAACAUUUUAAAAUGCGAAACGACUCCAUAGUCGUAGAUACUUUCUACGGGCAGCUUAAAUCGACUCUGAUUUGUCCCGUGUGCAACAAGGUAUCGGUUACCUUCGACCCCUUUUCCACUUUAUCAGUCCCGUUACCCUAUAAGAAAGAAAGGGCAAUCAAAAUCAAAUUAGUACUCUACGAUUCUGAAAGGCCACCGGCGCAGUGCCGCAUUAAUGUUCCCAAAGAUGGGACUAUAUCAGACCUUUGCGCUGUUAUAACCGAACAUACUAAGAUACCUGCAAAUCAAAUUCUCGUUGCCAAAAUUACCCUGAAUCGGUUUCACAAAGUAUUCAAUUUAUCGGACAGUGUAACACUCAUCAAUUCCAACGAUGAUAUAGUCAUGUUUAUUAAUUAUCCCAUUAAUGAUAGAUACGAAUUUCCGACGGAUUUUCAAGAUAAAAGUUUAAUAUGUUUGCCUGUUUAUCAACAAAUCGAUAAAAGCAUGGAAUUGAAGGGCAACGAAUCGGAUACUAAUGCUAAAAUUCUUCCUACCAGUUUUUUCUUACCACCCUUUAUCAUCAUGGUCCCGAGUGACAAGUCUAACGAAAAUAAUAUUCGCAAAAUUUUGAUGGACAGAAUGAAGAGAUAUGUUUCAAAACCUAGACGAGAUUACGAAUGGUGGAAGCAAGACCCCUUAAACAAUAUUCCCAUUUCUGACCUCCAUAUGCCUCCCAACAUGUUUACCAUUAAGGUUGGUGACAUAUAUGGCAACGUUGAUUUUACUUUAGUCGAAAGUUCAGACUUGGCCAAAAUGGAUACUCAGGUUAAUAUCAAAUUGGGGACUAAGGUAGAACCAAGUUCGUUUAUAAUACUCGAUUGGCACCCUCUGGCAAAAGCUAAAUUUGUUGACAUUGAAACUGCCAUGGACGUCGUAAUUCUAGACAACUUAUUUAACACCCCCUAUUCCAUAAAAACCUGUUACCCCUAUCCAGAUCCUCAUACUAAAAAAUCCUGGGAACUGAGCGAGUGUUUAGACUCUUUCGUUUCUGUUGAACGACUUUCCGAGCAGGAUAGCUGGUACUGUCCUCAUUGCAAAAAACACCAACAGGCUACAAAAAAAUUUGAUCUCUGGAAGCUACCUCCUAUUUUACUUAUCCACCUUAAGCGCUUUUAUUACAACCGCUUUUUCAGGGAAAAAAUCAAUAUAGCCAUCGAUUUUCCUAUCAACAAUUUAGAUUUGUCCUCAUACGUUAAAGAUCCGGAACAUCGUAAGCAUUCUAUAUACAACCUUAUAGGCGUAUCGAAUCACUAUGGCGAACUUGGCUAUGGACAUUACACCGCCUACGCAAAAAAUUAUUUUGACAAGGAAUGGUAUAAUUUUGACGACAGUAGUGUUUCAAAAGUCAAAGAGAGCGUUGUUAUGAGCAAGGCUGCCUACGUACUUUUUUACCAAAGAGAAGGAACCGAAAAUAUUUUUUUCUCCCCUUCCUCUAUCUCAUCAUCUACAUAUUCUAGUUUCGUUUCCCCUUUCACGUACAACCUUCAUAAUAACUUGGAAUGUAGCAAUAAUUCCGGCUCUGACUCGUAUAAUAAUAAUGGUAAUGGUACUAAUUAUAACACUCGUUCAUCUAAUCAAAAGAACUUCCAAACUCUAACCAAUAUGGAGCUUAAUGAUCCUACCGACGAUGACAACAAAUUAGGUAUUAAAAACGAAACCAGUUGUUUAGAUGAUGAAAAUGAAGGUAGUAUUGACGAUACUGACAUAGAAGAAGAAGCGGGUGAUACCUCGAACAAACUUAAUAUUGUUGAGAAAAAAUUAUAUGUCAAAAAAUUCUAUAAUACACGACUUGGGGCUAAAAACAUCGAACAAGAGCCGAUUGGGAACGAAAUUGAGAUUCGAGCAGGAAAUAUAAUUGAUAUUACCGGGAAUUUUAUGGAUUCUACUUGAUUCAAUGGUGCCAUUUUUGAUUUUAUCAUUAAACAUUUGAGCGCACAAGUUUUGUACAAGAAUGCUUGAUAUUUUUGUCGUUAAUUUUCUUAUUAUUUUUUUUACAUGCUUCUAAUUUGAGAAUUUGGAUUUCGUUUUUUCCUCCUUCAUCAAAUUGAAUAAUAAACUUUAUUUUUCUUUCCAUUUUAUUAAGUCAUAGCUAGAUCAAAUUAUUAUAGUAAUAAAAAGUCUUUUUGUAAAUAUUGACAACUAUUGUAGU